AUGAACGGGAAUCAUCAAUGUAACAAUGCCGUGUGCAAUCCAAAUCAGAUAUCGAAAAAUCUUCCGUUAAAGAAACGUCGAGCAUACCUUACGGGCUCAUCAGCGACAAAUGCAAACAGUGAACACGAUGAAAACUAUGCGAACUAUUCAUCGACAGCGAUGAGACAAUCCUAUUCAACUGACGACUCUCUUCAAAUUCAUCUGCCAUCUGUGGCUGUGCCAACGCCACCUUCAUCUCCUCACAUUGAACUGCUACGACAACACUAUGCACAUUUACUGGCCAAUUCAACGAACUCCUCACCUCAGCAUUUGUAUCCACCGCCAACAACAUAUGAAUGUGUUCUUGCACAAAAACUUCUCGCACAACAGUUUCUAGACGAGUAUCGAACAUCAAUGGAACAACAACAACAGCAAUAUCAAAACCAGCAGUUUAGCUACACAGUUAUGGAAGAUAAACAAAAAGAAGCAGAUGUGACAAUUGAUGAACAUUUUCGAAAAUCUCUCGGCUACAAUUACGAUAAACCACACGGUGGAUUUCUAACACCCGAUACUUCAUCGUCGAAUAGUUCGCCUAUUGAACGAACUCCAGCUGAUUCAAUUGAAGAACAUUUCGCUCGUUCACUCGGCAAAUUUUGGCCAUUACAAACUUCAUUGCAUGACGAGCAUAGCGCAUCAAUGACCGAGUCGGUAGUUGACGACCAUUUUGCUAAAGCUCUCGGGGCAACAACGUGGGAAAAGCUGAAAGAGAAAUCUUGA